AUGUCACACGCCCAAGUCGAAGAGCUAUCCGACUCGGACCCCGACAUCGACGACCCCUCCGACUACCUCCCACACUCCGACAACCAAGUCAUCCGAGCAGCAGCCCAAACGCAAUCCCAAUCCUCAGACUCUUCACCCUCGACUUCACCACCUGUAUCUCCUCCAGCACGCCCCAACCCAACGCUUUUGCGGACCCCUCCUCCUUCUUCUGCAGCGCAUCAAUUCCAGCAACCGCAGACGCGCGAACACAUCAAGGCCUUCCAGACCCUAUACCCCGUCUACUUCGACAGCACACGGACACGGGCGGAAGGAAGACGCGUGACAUCUUCUCUAGCCAUCCAAAACCCGCUGGCGAUCAAUCUGCUGGAGGCCGUCAAAGCGGUAUUCACGGAAACCGCACCACUACCACGGAUCGCAUUCGAGCCGGACAAGACACACCCCAAAGACUGGGCGAACCCGGGCCGCAUCCGCAUCGAGAUGUUCCACCCGGAGACGCGGCAGCCGAUCCACCCAAACAUCAAAAACAAGGCGCACCUGUAUACUCUGCUGGGACGGUGGUUGAAGGAGCACCCGACCACCCCCAAGGAUCCGCUACAGUUGAAGAUCCCCGGGUUGCCGAUCCCCGAGACGUUUGGGAAGGAGCCGAUCCCUGUUCCUCGGGGCUGGAAAAUCGGUACGAUUCUGCCCGUGCAUUCGCCGGCCGUUAGUGGCGGUGGGGUCAAGGACGAUUUCUUCAAGGAGGCUAUGGAGGAGAUCCGCCAGGCCCAGAGUCAGGGCCAGUUGCCUGCUGGUGGGCCGGGCGGGGGUAUGCCUGAUAUGAGUGCGUUGCAGAGUAUGAUGAGCGGGAUGGGCGGGAUGGGCGGAAUGCCUGGGUUAGGUGGUGGAAUGGGAGGAGAGUCAAGCGGUGGAGGAGGAGGAGGCAAGAAGAAGAAAGAGAGAAAGAAGGGUUGA